CUGUGAGACGCCAAUUCCACACCCUCGUGGACGUGCGAUCAUUCAUCGGCUCGCCACGCGGGUCGCCGUCCCUUGCUGAUCGGAACAGUCUCUUGAUCCUUAAUCCUUCCGAUCGGAUCCCCGACUUUCUCAUAUCCCCUUGCAUAGCUCUGCGCCGACCGCCGUGAGAUCUUCUUUUGCUCCCCACGCCACCUGUCUGCCUCCCCUCAUGGCAUCCCCUUCCGGCCCGUUAAUUGCCGACUCUGCGAAUGAGGACGACCCCUCUGCUGUCUCCGAUCCGUUUCUCACUUCCCAUCAUGAUGAUGUCGACCCCGCAGCCUCGGGAAUUCAUGAUGACGACGAUCUGCCCAUGAGGGACGAUGGGCUCAAGCCCGUCAAGGAACCGCUGCCCAUGCAAAAGCGCCGCCGGGUAACGCGCGCUUGUGAUGAAUGUCGUCGCAAGAAAAUCAAGUGCGACGGCAAGCAGCCGUGCACGCACUGCACGGUCUACAGCUACGAGUGUACUUAUGAUCAACCCUCCAAUCGUCGUCGCAAUCCCGCCCCGCAAUAUGUCGAAGCUUUAGAAAAUCGCCUGCACAAGGCCGAGGCCCUGCUGCGUGUCGUGCUUCCGGAUUUGAAUUUGGACGAUCCACAAUUCGACGUGCAUGCUACUGAGCAGAUGCUGGCCGCCAUCAAGCGCGAAAAACCUCCCCUUCCUCCUCUGCAGCAGGAGCAGCAGCAGCAGCAGCAGCAACCGGCUGCGACCCCAUCUGCAUCCGCGGCAGCGACUAAUGGAUCCCAGCCCUCGGCUCCUGCCUCUACUGACGAUACGGCCGCCGAUGGGGCUGCGGGGGACGAAUCGCUGCUCGAAUCAAUGGUUGAUAAUUCGGGUUACCUCGAUCUGGAUGACCAGGGGCACUGGGAUUACCAUGGACAUAGUUCUGGAAUGACUUUCAUUCGGCGACUGCGGAAGCAACUCGGAGCUUCAGACAUGCCGCUGCCAACCCUCCGGUCGCGACCGGUCGCGCAGACGCUCUUCGACAGCCCCAAAUCUGUGUCCGAAUCACCACAGGAUGCGUCCCUACCACCCACGCACGAUCUUCCCUCCCGAGAAAUUGCCCGGCGACUCUGUCACAAUGCUUUGGAUGAUGGCUGCGCACUGAUGCGUUUCGUGCAUGAGCCUACAUUUUACGCUCUAUUCGGUCGAAUUUAUGAUACACCCUUGGAUCAGUUCACGAACGAGGAGAAUUCCUUCCUGCCCUUGCUGUACAUCGUGAUGGCCGUGGGAUGUCUGUUUUCCGAUGACGGUUCCAGUACUUUGGAUAUCUCAGGCUACGAAGGUGCCAUUGGGCAAGGGUUUCAAUACUUUAAAGCAGGGCGCCAACUCCUAGAAAUCACUGACUGUCGUGACUUGACCUCUCUCCAGGCCAUCUGCUUCAUGAUCUUGUUCCUGCAGUCGUCCGCCAAACUUAGCACGUGUUACUCUUACAUAGGCAUCGCACAACGGGCCGCGCUGCGGCUGGGUUUGCACCGCUCCGUGACAAUUCAUUUCUCGCCCCUUGAGCAGGAGAUGCGCAAACGCAUCUUCUGGACGAUUCGAAGAAUGGACGUCUACGUUAGCACGCUACUCGGACUACCGCUUAUGCUGAAUGACGAUGACAUUGAUCAGGUCUACCCGGAAGCAGUCGAUUCGGAAUUUAUUACCAAGACUGGCAUUCUACCGAUGCCAUCGGACCAUACUCCUUUGAUGGCUGGAGCGAUCGCGCAUACUCGAUUGACCAACAUUACCCUCAAGGUUGUGCAAUACAUCUACCCUGUGAAAAAGGCGCAGCAUCCCGUCGCAUCAGAUCAGCGCUAUGUAGUCAGCCACUCAAAGAUCCGGGAGAUUGAAAGGGAUCUUCAGGCCUGGAUGGAAGAGCUUCCUGCGGCUUUGCGACCAGGCACUGAGGUCUCUCCACAGCUCGAACGCAUCCGCCAACUGCUGCGCAUUAGUUAUGCCCACGUCCAGGUUAUACUUUACCGACCCUUUCUCCACUAUGUCUCCAGCGGCUCGCAAGCCCGUGGAGUGGAUCGACGGUCCUACGCCUGCGCUGCGGCCUGUGUUAGUGUGUCACGCAACAUCGUACAUAUCACGGCUGGCAUGCAUAAAAGAGGGCUUCUCAAUGGCUCUUUUUGGUUCACCAUGUAUACUACCUACUUCGCUAUUCUGUCAUUAUUGUUCUUCGUGCUCGAGAACCCGGACUCGCCGACCGCAAAGGACGGCGUUCUCAAAGACGCCAUGGAAGGCAAGAACACAUUGGCAGGACUAGCAAAGAAGAGUCUGGCGGCAGACCGCUGCUCGCAAAGUCUCAAUGGUCUUUUCAAGAACCUUCCAGAGCUGCUCAAGAAUCGGCAGAGUGCAAAGAAGCGGGCAAGCCUCAAGCGGCCCGCCCCUUCGUCCGGCCACCACCACCGCCCACCUCCCGCCAAGAGCGCCGCCAACGCCUCCAGUGCCGCUUCCGUGCCGUUGGACAUGCCGCCGCCACAGCGCGCCAACACUUUCCCCACGCAGUUGCUCAACCGUUCGGCCAAGCAAGAGGCGAGCAAUACCCCCAAGAGCUUUGAUGAUAGUGCUACAAACCGCAGCCCUGCCUCGAAUGUGCACCCAGCUCACUCGUGGAUUCCGUCCACACCCGAGAUGCCGACGGAUGCCGUAUCGACGCCGCCGGAUAUUUUAUCCAAUAACGAGAGGACGCCCGCUUCGACUGGAGCAUCUCCUGUGUCAAUGUCUCUUGCCUUGGGCGAUGUAACGCCUAAUCAAUUCGGAGCACAUGCCUUCGCCAAUCCUAGCCAGUUCCCAGAUCUGAUGCCGAUCAUGUUCCCGUCGGACGAUCCCUUCGCCUAUCCGACACAACCAAUGUCGACGCUGGAGAACGACCACUUCGGCCGAGACCCAGCGGGCGCUACGACUGCCACCACUUCUUUCGCCCCUGGAAUGGCCUCUACGGCCGACGGCAGCAGCGUCAGCACGAUGGGAGUGCCGACUCCCUCAUUGGACGCCUUCGGCAACUUCAAUGUUUUCUCCAGCAGCAACCCUGGGGCCAUAAACUCAACUAGUCUUUCGGGCCGCUUGUCCAAUCAGCCACCGCAGCACAUCAACCACUCACGGCUCCAAUCGCCCGUCUCCCACAGCUCGACCCCCGUCAACGGCGCUGACGGCGUCAACAGCCCUGACCUCGUCUCCCUGCCGAACCAGAACUUCAUCUGGCAAGGAGGCUACAAUUAUCAGCCACCCAACAACUUCCCCACGGAGCCGAUGACGGCUACGGCCACGCCGACCGGCCUGGGUCAAUUUGGACUGGGUGCGCCCGAUAGCACGGCGCUGGGAGUCGGCUUAGACCUGGGUCUCCCGCUCGACGACAUCUUCGGAAACGUUGAUGCCUGUCGUCCGGGCGGCUUCAGCAAUGAGGAAUGGUUGCAAUUUAUGAAUGCCGGCAACUGAGAACUGCAUUCGUAUUAUACCCUCUCGCAUGAGAAGAAAGAGCACUAAUUGAAUACCCAUAUGUUUAUGUAUGCCGUUUGGUCUGGUUUGAACAAUGAAGAUCAUACAUUUAUGAAGGCAUUGCUUGGGGUUUGUGGUUUUCUCCGGGUGGCGUUGGAUUUUGCUUGGAAUUUUGACAUGAAGUUUUAGGU